AUGAUUAAAUUUUUAAAAAAAAUAUAGACAUUAAUUUGUUGCGUAUCUUUGACAUAAUAAUAUUUCUGUCUAAAUAAUCACCGCGUACUUUUUUAUUUUUUAUUUACUAAAUUCUAAUUUUAAAAACAGUAUAUAACAUUUCACAUUAACCUAAAAAUAAAAACUAUAUUUCACUUUAGCUUCUCAAAAAAUAAAUUGUAAAAAUUUGUAUUCUCUCUAUCUUAUGUCAAAUUAGAUUAUGUAAGACUAAAUAAAAUACAAAGAUUUGAGCUCCUCUUCUUUCAAAUAUAAAUCGCCAGUAAUUUUUUGAUAUAACUGAUAAACAUCUAAUAAUAAUUAAUAAAAUGUAUGUUUCUAAUAAGUUUUAUUUAAUCUCAAAAUUCUCUCUCUUACUCACUAUUAUUUAUUUAUUUAUUCCUUUGUUGUGUCUGUCUGUCUAUCAGUCUAUCUAAGACUAAAAUACUUAUUAAAUCUAAAUAUUUUUAUUUAUAUUAAAAUCCCCCACCUAGUUGCAUUAUUGAAAUGCUUUUCUCUGUCUCAUCUCACUAUCCAUAUAAUUAUUACUUCUUUUUUAAAUUAUUCAAUUUAUAAUUGCAUAUGUAAACUGUAAUUUCGUGCAUAAUCCUUAUCAUUCUUAAUUUGUGGCAAUAUUCUGAGGCAAUUUACUAAUAUUUUAAAUUAUCAACAACCCCUAUGCUAUAGAAAAAGUCAAUUAGAAGAAAAUUGAAUAAAAUUUUAAUUAGUAACUCCUUUUAUAAUCCUGAUAUUUUAUUCUUUUACAAAAUACUCGACAAUUGA